UAUUUGGACUCCAUCAAUUCAUCAUCAUGACUACCCACAAAGAGGGAACUGAAUAUGACAUUAUAUUCGCUGGAGGCGGCACUGCAGCCUGCAUUGCAGCCGGUCGGCUGGCGAAAGCAGAUCCCAAUCUGUCGAUCCUCGUUAUCGAGCGCGGCAAGAACAAUCUCGAUGACCCCAAUGUUGUCAAUGCCUCCAGAUAUCUUUACCAUCUAGCACCCAAUUCCCAAACAUCCAUUGCCUACAAAGGAAACAAGACAGCCGAUCUCAAUGGCCGUGAGCCAAUCGUGACCACUGGAGGCCUUCUUGGGGGCGGCUCGUCGAUCAAUUUUGCCAUGUAUACACGAGCAUCGGGUGUCGAUUAUGAUUCCUGGAACACCGAGGGAUGGGAUGCGAAAAGUUUACUUCACUAUGCCAAGAAGUUAGAGACUCAUCACGUUGAUCACCCAGGGGUUGACAAGAGCGUGCAUGGGUAUGACGGGCCAAUUAAUGUCUCCUUUGGUCACUAUAGUGCCAAAGCACCACAAGACGACAUUCUAGCCGCCGCGGAGGCUGUUGGUCUUCCUGAAUUUCCCGAUAUGCAAGACUUCAAGACUGUCGGUGGGUUUUCGCGAUGGCCGCGAUACGUUUGUCCAGACGGAAAGCGACAAGAUACGGCCCAUCGCUAUAUCCAUCCUCUUAUGGCUUCCGGAGACUACCCUAAUCUCCAUCUUCUCGUUGAGAGCACCAUUAGCCGUAUUAUAUUUGAAGGUAAUCGAGCUGUCGGUGUGGAAUACUCGCCAACUACAUGCUACCAGCCCGUCAGUAAUUUUACAAAAGGGCCGCCUUUGACUGUUAAGGCGAGAAAGCUCGUCGUAGUCUCUGCAGGGGCUCUUGGAACUCCGCUGAUCCUCGAAAGAUCUGGAGUCGGUAAUGCUGAAUUGCUGAAGAAGCUGGAUAUUCCUGUCGUCGCUAAUGUGCCAGGUGUUGGAGAGGAGUAUCAGGACCACAACUUGAUCUUCUACAAAUACAAGACCUCAUUGAAGCCCGAUGAGACGCUUGAUGAUUUGAAUCGAGGUCAAAUAGACUUCAACACGGCGGUUGAGAAGAAAAACCCCGUCAUCACCUGGAACGGAGUUGAUAUUGCCGCCAAACUUCGUCCAACGGAUGAGGAAGUAACGCAGUUGGAUCAAGAGUUCCAAGAUCAUUGGAAUCGUGACUUUAAGGAGCAGAAAGAGAGGCCUUUGAUGCUCCUAGCAGUCGUUAGUACUUACCUUGGCGAUUAUAAGACCUUGCCUGAAGAGCAAAACGGACCAUCUCAGUACCUCUCCAUUGGCAUGUAUACAGGCUAUCCGUAUUCUCGAGGCGACAUCCACAUCACCUCUAAGGACCCUGACGUGGCGCCUUCCUUCAACACUGGCUUCCUAUCCAAGAGAGUGGAUAUGACGAAGCAACUUUGGGCAUACAAGAAGCAGCGAGAAAUUUUCCGUCGCACGAAUGGAUUUAUAAGUGAGCUCCCCAUAGGACAUCCCAAGUUCCGUCAAGGCAGCAAAGCGGCUCUUCGGAAUGGGCCCGAAGUUCCAGGUGGUUUCAAGACACCCGAGGAGAGAAAAAGUCUACCACCUAUCGAGUAUGAUGAAGACGAUGACAGAGCCAUUGAAGACUACAUCCGAUCAAACAUUGAAACGACAUGGCACUCUCUGGGGACUUGUAAGAUGGCACCAAAGGAAAAGGGUGGCGUUGUGGACAAGCAUCUUAAUGUCUAUGGUACAGUUGGGCUGAAGAUUUGCGAUCUCUCAAUUGCACCCGAGAAUGUUGGCGCCAAUACGAACAAUUCAGCCCUUAUUAUUGGAGAAAAGGGAGCUGAUAUCAUAGCAAAAGAGCUUGGGCUUGUUGUAUGAUGGAUGCAAAAUCCUUCGCACAUCGAGAUAUAUGGCCAAUUUCAGCAAUUAUCAUUUAGUCUAGAUGUUAUAGCUUUGGCUUCAUAUGUCGUCCAGCGCCACUGAGCCUUCAUGCACACUGUCUCUUUAUAAUAUAAGUUUUAUGCCUCUAUGCC